GAAAUAAACGAAACAAUUGACAAUAGUAUAAAUUUAGAUAUUUCUUUAUGCAAGUAUUCUAAUCCAUAUAAAAUUAUGUCAGAAACUUCCAUUAACCAAGAAUUAUGUCUAGAAACAGAUAAUAAAAACUCACUGAUUAUUCAUAACAAUAUUAAAAGCUCUAAUACAAGUUCAAUUUCAUCUGAUAGUGGUAGUAUUCAAAGAAAUCUCAUUGUUAAUUUAAAUGAAAAUGAUACUGAUGUAUGUGAAAUGAAGAAAAACAGUAUCAGACAAUUUGAGGAACCUAAUUAUAAAAUUAGAUUAGAAGAUGUUUACAGUCCAGAUUUUACAUCCGAUGAGUAUACAUCAGAAUUUCAAGGGUCAUAUCAAUUUAAUAAAAAUGAUAAUAUAAUAGAAUCAAAUGACAGUGAACAAAGUAAUGAAACUUCUUAUGAAGAAGAUAGAAGUGAAGGAGAAAUACUAUUUGAGGAUAAAACAUUUAUUGAACAGUAUUCAGAUGAUCAUGGUGAUUUUGUUCAAAAAGAGAAUUCUACUGAUGAUAAAGUUCAUGCUAUUACUACUAAAAUUUUUAAUUCUCUUCUAAAAGAUACAAAAAAAUCAUUACAAUUUAACAUGAAUAAGUCAUUAUUUCGUUCAGAAAAAAAUGAUCUUAAUAAUUUAACUGAAGAAACUCCAUUGUUGUUGAUCUUAAAACGUGAAGAAGAGAAUCAAAACCGGAUUAUUCUCUCGGAGCAAGCAACAAUUAUUUCAGAUGUACUUUUCAAGCAGCAUUUACAAACUAUUUUUCCCGAAAUUCUACAAAUGUACUUACCUAAAUUGAAUGAAAUAGAAAUGGAAAAACUAACAGUAUAUUUAAAGUGGUCUUCUACAAAAAAAAAAAAAUUGAAAUUAUCUGAAUGUUUAACUUUUCAACACAAAAUUGAUGUUGACAAUGAAAAUUCAUUUGAAAUGUUUUAUCAAAAGUAUCUAGAGCAGAAAAAAUCUCCAACUUUCCAAGAUGAAAGUAAUGAUGAUAUGCUUAGUCAUACCCAACAAGAAGCAGAAAAAUUAAAACAAGAACAAAUACGUAUUGAAGAAGAAAUUGAACGUCUUCGCAUGUCGGAAGAAGUACAAUUUUUUCUAAGAGAAAUACCUAAUAAGCCACCACCCCCCUAUAAGAGUCCUACUAAAAACAAAGCACUUAUUGACAUUCCUUAUACAUCUGAUGAAGUUCACGAAAUAGUUUUGACAGCUGCUAAUCAAGUAUUCAAUGGUUCUCAAAGUGCAUUAUCAAACAACUACAUUAUAGAUUCAGAUUCAAUUGUACAUGCUGAUUAUAAAACAUUAAUUUUUGAUUACUGUAAAGAAAUUGCACUAGACUUAUUUAUUGACGAUACAUAUUUACCUUUAUGGAAGAGAUCUAUAAAAAGAUUGAAACAUUUUAGGGCAAGACCAAAAAACCCUAAAGAUUUAAGUGAUAUAGUUAUAAAAAAAAUGAAUCAGAUUAUCGAUAUAGACGAGUGUGAAGAGAAAGUAAAUAAAUUUGUAGUGAAACAAAUGCAUGAAGAAGACAGUAAAUGGACUGAUUUUCAAAUGGAUGAAUUGGAAAUACAAAAUGAUAUUGUUCAAAAUUUGAUGAAAAAAUUGGUUUGCGAUACUAUCUCAAGUACUAAAACUAAUUUUUAUUUGAAAUUUCUCUGAGAGAAGUAUUCCUUAGCUUAGUUGAUUUUAUAUACCUAUUAUAUUAUAUAAACUAAU